AUGGAGGAGAACGAGAACCCGUCAAUGUCAUACGGUCAAGCCGCUUUUGAUCGGUUAGCGGACGAGGUCUUAGCCUGCCUUUUCCGGGGUGCAGAGGCUCAGGGCCCCUUUUUGACCGCACAUUGCCGGGAUAAUCUGGGGAGAACGGCCUACCACGAUGCCGACCAAGAGAACUACCCCAGCAGGCAAACAACGUGUUCGCACUGGCUGCUGGACCUGUCGCAGACGGAGAAGGAAAUAUCAACGUACAGUACCAUCAGAUUUGUAGAUGAGGCCCCCUCCACAACACCUUUACUGCAUGAGAGUGGGACUGUAGAGCAUGAGCAAACUUCAGCCGAAUGUCAUGAAGAAGCUUCUGUGCUCCAUUCUGAGCCUCUAGAACUUCUUCCAGCCCCCAAUAACACCACGGGGCAUCUUCCUUCCAGCAGUGCUGUUCCGGUUCAGCAGGCUCCGCGCGAGGUUUCUUUUAGCUCGCUGUCAGAAAUUGCGACGGCUCAUUGCGGCAAUGAUCCUGAGACAGGGUUACUGCGACACUACUGCUAUGCGCUAGCCCCUUGGAUUGACGUCGGUGAUCCAAGCCGUGCUUUCGGCCUUGAGUUUCUGAUCCUUGGUAGGCGAGUCCGACCACUUCUUGCUGCUAUCCUCGCGCUUGCUGCUGCCCAAAGGUCGCUUGUAGCGCCGAGAUACGCUGCCGAUGACCUCGCCAGAAGCCUUGUGUUUCGCGAAGAAUCGGAGAACGGCCUCGCUUUGCAAAAUCAUGCUGUCCAGCGGGUAGGAAACGCAUUCUUUAUGCUCCAUAGCUUCUUUUCCUCCAGUCCAUCGCAGUGGAAAACCUUGGUGGCUAGUUAUAUCAAUGCUUCAGGAGGCCUCGGAUCCCUGUCGGCCUCUGAUGGAGGGUUUGAUCAACCGUCUUUUUGGGUGACGCUCAGAAUCGAUCUUGCCGCAUCUAUUAUAACCUCUGGGCCUCCACAAAUGCUGAUCCGUCCCCAAGUGUCACCUUCAGAGUCAAAUUCGAUCAAACAGGUCUACCAGCAUAUUCUCCUUCUUCUCGCGCACACCUUGUGCUUCAUCUACGGAGGUCCAACUACAUAUCUUGAGGGCCUGAGAGAAGAAGACAGAGUUCCUGCUUUGAAUCCCGUAUCGCAAUGGACUUAUCUGUGGACGGAAUGUCGGAGAUGGUAUCAAAAUCGUCCUCUGCAGGUACAGCCCGUCUUGGAUGUUCGAGCUGUGCAGGCAGAUGAGAUUGACCCACAGAAUGCUUCUUCCUUCCCAAUCUUGGUCUAUACUACACCCCUCGCACUAGUCGCAAAUGCUGUCUACCAUGUCGCGUCGUUUCUCCUUCUAACUCGCAAACCGCGCUUUGUGAAGACGCUGACCGGCCCUAAAUGCCUGUCAUCCUCUAUCUGGCAUGCUCAAUCCAUUGCUGGUAUUGCAACUAGCAACGACACGGUGGAGCAGUGGGACCCGAUUCUCAUCGCAGCGCUGCUUCUCAUAGCCAAAGAUAUGACUCACCAUCUGCAACAGUCAGCGGUGUUGAACCGACUACGAAGGGUUACUGUUUUGACAGGAAUUAACUUGGACUAUGAGAUCGAGUCUCUUCAAUCCCAGUGGCGCAUGUCACGAUACGAUGAACUAAUUGCUUGA